CUCCUGUCACUUCAGGGAGGAUUUUUAAUUCUUAGCAUUUAGUUUCAGUCGCUCAGUAUGAAUCCAGCCAUGUAUCCGGUCCAGAGUGUGCGUAAGUUCGUCUGUGAUCGGCUCACUGUGGCCGCUCAGGAGAUCCUGGGAGCCUUCGAGAAGAGGGUCGAAGGCUACGAGGCAGAAAUCGCUCGUCAGCGCAGACUUCUGGAAACAGCGUUUCUACCUGAAGUGAAGUUGCACCGCUCAGAGCUGCCACAGAUAUCCGUCGGUGAGGAGGGCCAGGUUCACCAGGACCACGAGUCCGACUCCAGUUUGGUUCAGCAGAUUAAAGACGAACACGAGGAAAUAUCCAUCAGUCAGGAGCAGCAGAAGGCGACGGGCGAGUCCAAGUCGAUGCCAGCUUGUGAUCCAAGCGUCUGCAGCGAUCGGUCUCAGCCCGCGGACCGAAGUCAGAGUGACGCAAAUAAAGAUCCGCAAUCCAACAAAGACACACCGUCCGGAUCUGACGGGGAGAAUUCUGCAGCAUCGGCACCAAACAGUGACCACCAGGAUCACAUGACUUGUAACGAUGAAGGUGCAACACCAACUACAGAUGUCGAGUCCGAUCAGGAGGGCCACGAUGACUGCACAGCUUUAACAAUGAACACUGAGAGCGAUGACGAGAACGCAACGUCAGCCACAAGUAAUGAGCAGCCAUCAGAUGAGCAAAGCAGUGAUGGCACCGACACAUUAGCUGUAAGCACUGAGGACACGUUGGAGGAAACGCAGAUGGCAGAAUCGAGACACAACAAGACCACAACAGCAGCAAGAUGCGACCACGCGACACCAGAUGAGAAACAGGAUGAUGAAAACCCACCAGAGAAUGAAAACACCGAGCCAACACCAAAUAUGGAAAGCGAUGAUAACGACACGCCACCUGGAAGCACCGAGCUAACGCCAAACAAGAAGUCCAACGAGGAGACGUCAGCGACUGAACCUGCACCAAAACAGAACAAAAGUGAUGGCGAGAAGAAGCCAUCGAAUACAGAUAAGAAGGCCGCUGACAGAAAAACAACAUCAAGUUCUCCAAAGACAGCAAACAAGAAGCGUAACGACGAGAGCACAAGAUCAAACGGAGACACUGAGCCAACGGCAAAUCCUAAAUGUGACGAUGACACAGCAGCUGCAAACACUGAACCGAGGAGAAGUAAGAAAACCAAGGAGAGGACGAAAUCUAGUGGAAGCACAGAUCAGACUGCAAGAGCCAACGAGGGGAACGAAGCAUCAACUUCAAGCACUAAACCAGCACAAAAUAAGAACCGCAGUGACGGGAAAGCACCUUCUGCUGGAGUCACCGAGCCAACGCAAGAUAACACAGCGCCGGCUAAAAGCCCCGAAUCAGCAUCAAAUAGGAAACAUGAAGAUGAGAGCACGUCGCCGUCUGGAAGUAAUGAGGUAACAACAGCGAAUAAGAAACCUAACAGGGAAAGCAGAAUGUCAAGAAGAAGCAAGGAGGCGUCAAAACUCAAGAGACAAAACGAGGGGAGCGCAGCGUCGAACCAAAGUACCGACUCGGCUCGGAAGAAGAGACGCAAGCGUGAGAGCACCACGUCCAGCGACGACGGCAGCGCCAAGGCUGAUGCAACGCCGUACAAGUGCGACACCUGCGGCAAAGUGAUGACCAACUUCAAAAACUACAAAUUCCACAUGAAGUCACACACCGUCGAGAAGACCUUCAAGUGCGACACUUGCGGGAAGAUGUUCCGGGAGAGCUGGGACUUGAACAAACAUCUAGUGACUCAUUCUGCCGAGAAGCCUUUCAAAUGCGACAUUUGCGGGAACGGGUUCCACCGGCGCUACAACCUCGACCUCCACCUCAGGGUGCACACCGGGGAGAAACCCUACAAAUGCAGCACGUGCGGGAAAAGCUUCAGCGCCUCUGUGAACAUGAAGAAGCACAUGAGGAUCCACACGGGGGAGAAGCCUUACACCUGCGCCGACUGCGGGAAAGAGUUCGCGGACUCGUCCUCGUUUAAAAACCACCAGCGCGUGCACACGGGCGAGAAGCCCUUCAAGUGCACGUACUGCAAGAAGAAGUUCACCACCGGGACGACUUUGAAGAUUCACAUCCGGACACACACGGGCGAGAAGCCGUACAAGUGCGACGUGUGCGACAAGAUGUUCGGUCACAAAACAGACCUGAAGGAACACGUGAGGCUGCAUACGGGGGAGAAGCCUUAUCAGUGCGACAGCUGUGAGGAGAAGUUCUCCACCUGGUUGAAACUCCACAAACACAAACGCGUUCACUCAGCUGACGAACAAAGCUCGACCGCCUAGCACGUCGGCUUCACGGUGGCGGUUUAAGUCAGUGGUUCAGUCACAAGUGAGGCUGUUUAUCAGACUUCACACAAGUUUACAUUUUUUACCUUAAACCUCAGGAUCAACAUUUUUUUUUUUAGCUUGAUUUUUGAUGCAGGCAGCACGUGAAUCGAUGAAUAUCAGUCCAGGAAUGUUGGUUUGACUAAUUUAUAGAGUUUUUAUAACUUAUUAAGUGCCAAAACGCUCCACAAUGGUGACAUAGCCACUGUAGAUUUAUUUUUCUUGUUCGUCGAUGUGAUUAUGUGUUGGACUGGCUGCACUAGUUCUUUGCUGGAUAACUUUUUUUUUUGUCUUUUUUGUGUGGUUUCACGUCGUAGUUUUGGGGCUGGGCUGCACUUCUGCACGAGUACGCAGGCUCGUGUUAUUAUAACGAGUCAAAGUCGACACCACGGUGGUGCCUGGAAGUUUGUGAACAUUUAGGAUUUUAAUCUAAAGCAUCACCAGGUUUUUAUACAUAAAGAAGAGCCGAUUAAACAAAUGAGAUGAACAUACUGCAGUAUAUCUGGGCGUUUAUUUAUUAAGGAACGGGAUCCGGUUUUACAUGUCUGAGCUGUACGCUGUGUACGAGACCACAUUUGUUUUAGGGAAGCUUCGUUGAUGCAACUGAAUGUAUUCACCAAAACUCUUAGGUGUCAUUUUCUAAGGUUAAACUCAGGAAUAUAUGUAUAUGUUUCUCCAGAAAAAAAGCUAAAUAUAUUUUAACACUGGACUUUUAUUUUAAAUAUAAUUAGAAUGAAACAAAUAAAAACUGUUAUUGUGGAGAAAACACACAACAUGGACCAAAGAGUCAGACAAGUUUGAUCAAAUCUCACAGUUGUGUGCCUUGAAGAAUUUAAUGAAUGAUUGACUUCAUAAUAAUCAUAAUUUAUUCCCUGUGUUACUUUUUUUUUUGAAGAUGUUAUUGAUUAUACCAGAACAAAGAGGGAAAGAUGCUGAAUUUUCCUUGACUUUUGCUGAUCAGUUUAUGUAUUUAUAUUUAUAUUAAUGCACAAAAAUGCAAUAAAAGAGUGUGAAUGAUUUAA